UCUGCCGGCUGAGCCUUCGGAGGCGGAGUGGGAGGUUGGUAUCACCAAUCUGGUCGGCGAGCCUCUGUCUGAGCUUCGACGUAAAGGUUCAUUCACCAGCGGAUGCAUAAGCGUUGCUGAACUGAUGCGGCUGUGUCAUAGGUCGCAUGCCUUGGAUACCCAGACCACAGCGUACUACAUGGCUGUCAUUGGCUCUACCUUGUUGGCGGAUAAGACCAGGACUGGCAUGCGACCUCACCCGAUAGUUGUCGUCAACGACGAUGAACAGGACGUGGCUUGGGGUGCGGUGACUUUGGCGUUCUUGUACAGGCAGCUCGGAAUGGCAUCUAGGGCUGGUUGCAAGACCAUUGCUGGAUGCCUCACAUUGCUCCAGACAUGGAUCUAUGAGUACUUCCCCGCUUUCCGCCCUCAUCCUCGCCGAGAUGAUGUGCCAAACACGACUAGGGCGGAGAUGUGGACGCCGAAGAAAGUAGGUCGUGAGCUGGACAGGUUGAUAUCAUUCCGCAAGGUUCUGGACUCAAUGACAGAGACUCAGGUUGAAUGGACUCCCUACAAUUGUGGAGCUGCUGCGUUGCUGCAUGAAUUGGGUUCGUGCAGUCUAUUCCUCCAGCUCCUAUGA